AUGAGUUUAGAUAUGGAGUACAGUUAUGAAGAGGCCGCGGCGACGAUGGAUAUUUUUUCCCAAGAGCACAUCGAUGAGUUAAAGGAAUGGACGCAAAAUUUAGAUAAAUCUAAAUAUGUGCCAAGAGACCUAACUAAUAAACAACUGCUUUUAUUUUACAACGCUUGCUACGGGGAUGUGGAGAAGACGAAGAUGUGUAUGGAGAAAUAUUACAAUAUAAGAAAGAACGCGCCAGACUUAUUCGAUAACAGGGUACUUUCGCUGGACGAAAUUAAACCUUUUAUCGAAGCCUUGGAGUACUCAGUCCUUCCUGGUAAAUCCUGUAAGGGUUACGACCUGAUCUACCACCGGCUGCACAUCACGGACCCUGCGAGGUAUACCUUCGAGUACGGAGCUAAAAUACUCUUUAUGACAGUUGAUUCGUGUUUAUACAAGAAAGGACCGCAGCCGGGCUACAUAUUUCUGUUCGACAUGCGCGGAGUCAAACUCGGGCACAUCACGAGAGUCAGUCUAACAGCUCUGCGCAAAUUCUUCCAGUACGUGCAAGAAGCGAUGCCCGUGCGCAUGAAGGAGAUUCACGUGUUCAAUACCGAGCCCAUCAUAGACAAGCUGAUGAUGCUAAUCCGACCGUUUUUGGACAAGAAAUUCUUUGAUAUGAUAAAAUUCCACGCCAAAAACGAAGAUUUAGAAAAUUUCUAUGAAACAGUGGUACCGAGGUCGUCCCUCCCGCCCGACCAUGGUGGAACUUUGCCGGACACACAAACCCUCCACAAGAAAUGUAUGCAGCAGCUCAAGGCAAUGGAACCGUACUUCGCAGCCGAAGAGCAGCAGCGGGUCAACGCUCUACCAGACAAGAAAAGAGAGAAGCACAUGGAGAGAGCGUUUAAGAACCUAGAAAUUGACUAG